UUGUUUCUUUUUCCCACACAGACAUGGUUUUCUUCUGGUUCUAGAGUCUGAUCAUUGGGCACACACAGCACAGGAACCCCCCUACCCCCUCCAAUGGCUUCUUUGCCAGCUUUGCCAACACUCCUCCUCUCGUUCGCCGCCAUCUUCUUCACCGUCCUCCUCCUCCUCCUCCUCUUCCUCCGCCGCCGGCAGCUCCGCCUCCCGCCGGGGAGCUACGGCUUGCCGUUGAUCGGCGAGACGCUGCAACUGAUAUCGGCGUACAAGAGCGACAAUCCGGAGCCGUUCAUCGACGAGCGCGUGGAGCGGUACGGGUCGAUCUUCACGACGCACGUGUUCGGAGAGGCGACGGUGUUCUCGGCGGAUCCGGAGGUGAACCGGUUCAUUCUGCAGAACGAAGGGAAGCUGUUGGAUUGCAGCUACCCCGGUUCGAUAUCGAACCUGCUGGGAAAACACUCUCUUCUGUUGAUGAAAGGUGGUCUCCACAAGAGAAUGCACUCUCUGACGAUGAGCUUGGCCAAUUCCUCCAUCAUCAAGGAUCAUCUUCUUCACCACAUCGACCGCCUCGUCUGCCUCAACUUGGACGCCUGGUCCAACCGCGUCUUUCUUAUGGACCAGGCAAAAAAGAUAACAUUUGAGCUAACGGUGAAGCAGUUGAUGAGCUUUGACCCAGAUGAAUGGACUGAGAAUCUAAGAAAAGAGUAUGUUCUUGUGAUUGAAGGAUUCUUCACUCUCCCUUUUCCUCUCUUCUCCACCACAUACCGCAGAGCCAUCAAGGCAAGAACAAAGGUGGCAGAGGCACUAACGUUGGUAGUAAGGCAGAGGAGAAAAGAGUAUGAUGAAGACAAAGAGAAAAAGAAUGACAUGCUUGGGGCACUGUUGGCCUCCGGCGACCACUUUUCCGACGAGGAAAUAGUGGAUUUUUUGUUGGCUUUGCUCGUCGCCGGUUAUGAGACCACCUCUACCAUAAUGACUCUUGCGAUCAAGUUCCUCACUGAGACUCCCCUGGCCUUGGCACAGCUCAAGGAAGAGCAUGACCAAAUCAGAGCAAGAAGUGACCCAGGGACACCACUGGAAUGGACCGAUUACAAGUCAAUGGCGUUUACUCAAUGUGUUGUGAAUGAGACCUUGAGAGUGGCAAACAUAAUUGGUGGGAUUUUUAGGAGAGCAAGGACAGACAUUGACAUAAAAGGUUACACUAUUCCUAAGGGAUGGAAAGUCUUUGCAUCAUUUCGUGCUGUACAUCUGAAUCCUGAACAUUACAAAGAUGCCCGGUCCUUCAAUCCCUGGAGAUGGCAGAGUAACUCAUCAGAAGCAACAAACCCUGGUAAUGUUUAUACACCAUUUGGAGGAGGGCCACGGUUGUGCCCUGGCUAUAAGCUAGCCAGAGUUGUACUUUCCGUCUUCCUUCACCGCAUUGUUACCCGCUUCAGUUGGGUUCCUGCUGAGGAAGAUAAGUUGGUGUUUUUCCCAACUACUAGGACGCAGAAGAGGUAUCCAAUUAUUGUGCAGCGUAGAGACUAGAGAGGAGUGCAGACCAUGUAUAGCAAUAUGAAAAUUAAGAGCCCAACAGAUAGAGAAGGGCCAAAAGGAAGAUGAGUGUAGAUCAGUUUAAUAAGUUAAUGUUCAUCAUAUGUAAAUAAAUGAUAAAAUUCAUAUCUCCCAGUUCAUAUAUCAAUCAUCAAUUGCCUCUGCAA